AUGGCGUACUACGGUGGUGAUCCUUACAAUCGUCCCCCUCCUCCAGGUUACGGUCAACCUCCAUACGGUGGCCAACCUUACAACCAAGGUCCCCCUGGUCCUCCUCUCGCGCGUCCCCCUCCAGGCCCGCCACCCCCACUUCCACCUGGCUGGUACCAACAAUGGGAGCCAAACGCGCAACGCGCUUUCUGGGUUGAGGAAGCCACCGGUCGCUCCCAGUGGGAAGCUCCUUACGGUUAUGGAUUCGCUGGUGACCGCGGUGCUCCUCCUCCCGGGGGUUACUAUUCCGGUCCCCCUCCUCCUGCGCCCUACGGUGGGGGUUACGAUAACUACCCGCCUCAGCAAGCCCCUCCCCAGCAGCAACAGAGUGGUGGUAGCGGCAUUGGAAAAAUGGUCUUAGCUGGUGUUGGAGGAGCCGCUCUCGGUGCCUUUGUUGAGCAUGAAAUCGAUGAGAACAACAACUCCGAUGAUGAACGCGAGGCUUACGAAGAAGGUCGUGAGGACCAGUAUGAGGAUGAUGGAGGCUGGUAA